AUGGCGAAGGGCAAAAAGAAGGGGCCCGUUGACGUCUUUGCGACGGUGUCGCCCUCGACCAGCGUGCGAGGGGCUGCGGCCGCCAUUGAGCCGGCGGAGGUGACCUCCGCGGAGCUGCUGGACACGACGCUGGUGAUCACCCCCGCCAUCCCCCGCGUGGAGGUGAGCCUCAACAUUCAGUUUCGCUGCAGCGUCCCGCUUGUCGAGGGGGACACGCUGCAGCUGCAGCUGCCCGGAUUCCGCGGCAAAGCCUCACUCUUCACAACGGAGAGCUCACUGAUGCAGACCAUGGUGGCGUCGCCCCGGCACUUCCGCGCCUACUGGACGGGUGAGGGGGAGAAGAAGGGCAAGGGUCAUGGGAAGCAGCAGCUGCUGCUCCGCUGUGUUCGUCGUGUGGAAACGCAGCAGCUCGUGCUGAUCGUCAUUCCACGCUCGCUAGGGCUGAUCUCCCCAGACAAACUGGCACAGAACUCCUCCAAGAUUAAGAUCAGUGGCCAGGUGAAGCACGCCGAUGGUGGGAAGAUACUGAAGCAGGUGUUUGCUUCCACCACCGAGGUGAAGAAGCGGCCUGUGGCGGAGGAGAUCAAGGAGUACAAGACACUUAUGGCUGGCCUGGAUCAGGCGGGGGGACUAGAAGAGGCGGACGCACACGUGGCCGAGGAACUCUCCUUGGAGGAGGUGGACAACAUCUGGGAAUCCGCCCAUGACCGCUGCCCCUACCCUAUUGCGCUGCAGUGGCACAUCGCCGUCUCCGUCUUUCGCGAAUACGAGGACUUUGGAUCGUUGCUAAAGACGAUUGUGGAGGGGGCCAUCGCCUCUGUCAAGCGGCGCCAACAGCCGCUGGCUCUCUACCGUGAGAUUGCGAAGAACCUGGGCGUGAAGGUUGGGGCCGUUAUUCUCUUUCAGGACGUGGUGAGUAUGCUCUACGCAUCCCUGUAUCCAGCUCUCCCUGGGACGGUGCUGUUGGCGCUUCGCCUCUUCACCAUGGAGCCUAUCGACGUUGCCCGCACUUUCUUGACCAGCGAACCGCCCGCGCUGUCGCUGGCGCACGAAAUAUAUAGUAGCUUUCGCACGGGUGACACAGAGGGGCUAAAAAAGUGGUCCAACACCCUUGCAACCUUGCUGCUUAUCGUCGGCACGCACGCUGCAAGCCAAGAGCAGCAUGCGGAUGCGCCACCGUUGCCGGUGCUGUACUACGGCAUCAAGGAGGUUCCACAGGAUGAGCUUCGCUACCUUCGGGAAAUGCCUGAGAAUGAGUGGUACAUGUUCCCAUUCCUCGCCUUGGCACGCCCUGAUGUGGACUGGACUGAUGAGGAGGCCUUCCCGGUGCCAGAUAAUGCGGUGUUGUUCGAGAUUCACCACGCCGUGGAUGGGCUGGAUGUGUCUGACCUCUCCAUGUACCCGUAUGACAGGGAGUGGCUGCUGCCGCUCUUCUCCUCCUUUCGCGUGACCGAGGUCAAGGUGUACGAGGACCGGAACGGGCUUACGCAUGUUGUGCUGGACAUGCAAGGCUGCCUGCACGGUUCCGUGAAGGAUCCCUUGAUUCCCGAGGAGGACCGCGCCGUGGCGGCGAUGAUGGUGAAGAAGCUGCGCAGCGAGGCCGAAAAGCUCACCUACCGUGCCCGCUUCAUCGCCGAGCACGCCUACCUGCACGUCAGCCUAAACCAGCGGCUGCGGCUGCAGCCUCAGACGCUGCUCCAGGCGCAGUACGUCGAUCACUACUUUGAGGUGAAGCGCUUUUCAGAGGCCAAGUUGGCCGUGGAGGAGGGCAUCGUCAACUGGCAGGUCUGCACGAGCCCGGCGCAGCUGAUGGACCCGGUGGAGGGCGUCAUCAAGCACGCGGUGUGGGAGUCGAUGCCCCGCAAGUUUGCCCUCCUGGCGGAGCAGUACUUUCUCAGCAGAACACGCUUCAAGAAGGUCUUCGAGGUUCACGGCAUCUUCCUGGACUUUGCGGGGUACGUGUGCGACUACGCCGGGAAGGGGCCACGUCCAAUGCGGAGACUGCUGCGGAAGCGCGUCACCCAUGAGGCCCCGCUGCCUGUAUUUGAGGAGUUGCAGAAAUGA